UGAUGCCUAGACAAUUGGCUGCAUGGUGUUCGCUCAACGUUAUGGAGCUGAUCUUAAAAGAGUGUAAGAAGCUCUCACUCGCAAGGAAGAAUACAUUAUCCACAGAUAAUAUGGGCCCAAUUUUCAACUUGGGGGUAGUAUUUGACCAACGUUUACAUUUCGGUUUGCGUAUGGAGCUUGUCAUAAAUAUUGCUAAUAAUUGCUCUUGGCUUUGUCAAAAGAUGAUCCAGAAAAUUUGAUGAUCCUUACGUUAUAAAAAGAUGAUAAAAUAAGUUUGGUAAUGCCAUUGCUGCAAUAUGCCUGUGUUCUCUGGUCCCACUUUUUAUAGGAUUUAUAUUGAUGCAAUUGAAUCAGUUCAGAAACAAUUCCGGCUUCUCGCGCUGAGAGAUUUGGUAUAAAAGCCGACAGUCUCUUUGCUACCAUAUGAAAACAGAUUGCUACUAUUAGCUCUUCCCUUACUUGAGAAGCAAAGAUUUUGUAUUGGGUACGCUUUUCAAGGUUAAGGUAAUACAUGACGGUAUUAACUCGCAAAAAGGAUAAGCCGUAAUGUCCUUUAGUUUUUCAAGAAAUUUUAUAUGCAUAAAGGUCGACCAAUGCAGACAUAAUUAUUGGCUUUGUAACUCGUUUAGGGUCCUUUGUAAAAAUUUAAAUGGUCUCUCUAAUAUAAUCUCUAUAUCGGAUUUGUUAAUAAACGUCAAAUUAGUGCCGCUUAAUACGCGCAAUCGCCCGAAUAUCGGCCAACUGAACUAGCUAUGUCUAGUAACGGUUGCCAAGUGGCUGCCGAAAAGCACCGCCCAAACGGUUUAAUUUUCGAUUUUUAUAUUAUUUGAAUUAUAUUCUUAUGUGUUGUUGAACACCUUAUGCCAACUCCACUUGCUGCCUUAAGUGAACUAGUAUUUUGCAUGUUUCUUCGUGUGCUACGCAGACAUUAAAAGUUUUGCUCGGAAAAUUGUGUAUCUGCGAUGAUUAGUUGAAAAGUUUUCAAUCAAUUUGAAAUAGUGGUAAAUGCCCAGCGCAAGAAAACGUUAUACUACGGUAUGGAGGACAAAGUGUGAUUCAAGUGAAGAAAAGUGCAGAAAGACGAUCAAACACAAAAGCGAUAGCUAAAGAAAAUCAAGAGCGUGGUGCAAAUACAUUUGAGUAAAUAAUAGCGAGUUAAGUGAACUAAUUAAACUAAUAGCAUUAAAAGUAGUUAACAAAUCUUAAAAAAAGGGAAAAACAUUUCUAUCGAAUUGUUUAUGAAAAUUAUGAAUUGUUUUAAUGGUGCAUCAAUAACGGUGAAAAAAUGAUUUGAAACAUUUCAACAAAAUGCAAAGGUGUAUAAUAUAUCUGGCGAACAAGAAAAAUAUACGCACACGCGUAAUAAGAUAAUAGGUGCAACACUGCUUUUUCUAGAAGCUAAACAACUAAGCUAUUACGUGCUAUUAAAAAUGAUUGAUGAUAAACAGUGUCUGAACAGUGGCCAAACGAUAUAAUGAAUUGAAAAACGAGUACAAAUCAUCAUAAAGCACUUAAAUUGCUUUAAGAAAAAGUAUGAAAUAUACGAAAGAUUAUGUCAUAACACAACAAAAAGAAAACUUUCGAAAAGUGGAAAAGAAAAAGAGCAAAAACGAACAUUUUUCGUAGCAUUAGUUCAAGAGAAUAUAGAAAAGUAGAUCAGUGCAAAUCAGCAAGUAAAUGUUUUAAAUGUAAGAAAUAUGGACAAACAAACUCAUAACAAAGCAGUGAUAAACGUUACAGUAGUAGAAAAUAGACAACAACAAGUUAAGUCUUAACAUAACGAUGUACAAAUCUCCUGUGUAAUAGAGACUGCCUCCGCUGUUCGUAUGAUAAAAGAAAGUGUGUGCCGAAAAAGAAUUUUAAAGGCUACCCUGUGCAAUCGUAUGUGAAAAAAUUAUAUCGUUUGCGAAACGUACACACAACUACUACUACUACUACUACUACUACUACUACGAUUGGUAAAUUAAAAGUCAGAAUAAAUGCAGACAUUGUGGAUAUAAGAGAUGACGCAAUUAAAUACAAUGAAUUUAUUGAAUAUGAUUUUAUUAAAAAAUUUCUCGUUACGGAAAAUGCAAAAGAAAUAAAAUUUAAUUGCGAACAAGAAAAUGAUAAUUCGUCGGUAUAUGAAAUCAAUGCGACCGAAGUUAACGUGCCCCCAAAGCACAAAGCAUCAUUUCUAAUUAUUCACCGAGAGAAUACAAUGCACAGUGUGCCCGGCUUAAAUAUUCCUUUCACUUACCACAUGUACCAAUCAACAACCGCGAAGUAAUUGUAAAUAAAGUGAUAGAAUGGCGCUAUCAGGCCGUCAACAAUAGCCGUGACUUUAGUUAAGAGAAAUUCAGUGCCGAUGGUUGAGAACGUUUUUGCAAGAGUACUACACCCAGUCAACACAGUUAAAUGGGGAACAAUCAAAUGAUGAAUAAAUAAUGUCAAGUUUUGAUAAAUUUAUUACCAAAUAUAUAUAUAUAUAUAUAUAUAUUUAAUUCGGUGUGUAAAAUAAUAAAAAUAUAAUUAGAUUUGAUUCAAAAGAGAAUAGCGCGUUACUAUCCUUCCUCGUCGACCACAUCCUAUUAGCAAUCGCUUAUUUUCCUCGUUCUUUGGCCUUAUACAGUUAACAAAAUUCUUCGCUACUACAGAUUUGGAAACUGAAGUAAAAGAAGAAGAGAAAGCUUUUAGGCGAAAGAAACAACGUAAAUCAAUGAACAAAGAGAAAACCGAAAAAGUAAGCAAAUAAAAAUGAAAGAAAAGAAAAAGAACAAAAAGCGUGAAAAGCAGUAUCAUCAACUCAUAGCAGAAAACGAAUCAAAGAUUGAACAUUGCAGAGGCAAGUCUUGUGAAAGAAGAACGUAAAAAAUGCAUCUGUAACCAAAGAACAAGAGAACUUCAAAGAUAUGCAAUAUGCGCAAUCAAUCGUAAGAAGUUCAAAGCUAGAUGAUUAAAUUGCGUCAGAUGACGAGCGGAUUAGCCAAAUGUAAAUGUAGUGGACAGUGGGCUAGAAAGUCAGCAGAAAUAGUGGAGAGUUAAUAACGAAGAACACAAUGAACGAGGUAACGCUGUAGAUAAACAUGGAGAAAGAAGGGUCAGUCCUUAAGUGGGAGUCGAUAUGUCAAGUUCUAAAGUCGUAUAGUUGUUAAGUAGAAGUCGGCGAGUCAAGUUGUAAUGUUGUGCACUCGGCAAACUGUUCUGCUUACAUUCAUUAAUUCUUUGUAGUUACUUAACAGUGUAUUUCAAUUACAUUACAUUAAAUGAUAAAAAUGUUAAAAUUCUUUACAUUCUUUACAUUUAGGGUCUCAAUCAAAAGAAAAUCGCGACCUUUCGUUAGUGUCCAUUAAUAAAAGUUGGUAAUAAGUGCGGUUCAUCUACAAGCGUGACCUAUAGCAAGCAAUAAAAAAAUAGACCUAUGGGGCUUGUUAAUCUUAAACAUGACGUAUAUAUUCGCUAAAGCAAGUUAUCGCAACCUUGGAUCAAGAAUGACCUGAUUCGCGCGCAAAUACACUCACCCACUCAGUUAAAAGUACGUAGACGAGCAACGCUCUAGCAACGCAACAAGCCCUACCCCACUUCAACUGCAAUAGCCUGAGUGUAAAAAUUGAUUGAAAAUAAAAAAUUUUUCUGCUGAAAUGUUUGACUGCUUGACUUGAAAAUGACUUUUGCGAAAUGUCUUAGAAGCAUAAGCUGACGCAAUUCAAAUUCAAAGAAUAUUUAAUUUCCUUCCUAAAGAAUUUAUUUAUCAUUUUCGUCGUUAAAUAUCAAUCAAUUAGUUGGGAGAUCCGAAAAAUAAUUCAAUCCAGCCCAAAUAUAAUAUAAUAAAUUUAUAUGUCAAAUCAAGAAUAAGCUAAUUGCUGAGUAACAAUUCGCUCAAAUAAUUUUGGUAAGACACUCGACUUGGCACUGCCUCUAUAUAGUUCUCAACGUGAUGUCUAUUUUCAUAUUUGUGUGUUGGAAUAAGGAAGCUACUCUCAAUAUUCUCGAGUAUGAUGUGUGAAAGCGGUAAAAUAUUGGUUUUAUUAAAUUCAUAUUGUUUAUUUGAGCAAGUGGCAUUUGGCACGUUAGAGUGGUUCACCGGACAAUUUUGACUAUAACGAAACGAUAUGCAAUUUACUGAACGAUACGGAUGCCCAGGUAAACUGAAAGAUCGACGGCGACUAACAACUGUCUCAACUGUCUUGACAGUUCGCUGUUACAAUUAGGAGUAGGGUUGUAUUGAAGUAGACUUCGGUCAAAUAGUUCAUUCAAAUAUGCAAUUAAUUGUUAAAGUGAGGAACACCGAGUAAUUUGUGGCAAACCGAGAGAUUUUCCAACACUAUGACCGUAACAGAAUGAUUUGGACUUUUCGAUUACGUCGCAAAUAAAGGCGGCAUGUUUCUUAUAAGUAGAAAUAUCCGCGUUUUGGGGGAAUAUAGGUAAUCGAGUAUAACUGUUUGCUACCAGUUUUCGCCCGACAAAGUUCAAAGUUGGGGAGGUAGCAGGAACUUCAACUGGAUGGGACCAGAACGCAACGGAUACGGCUAUAUCAGUCGUAUGGCCAUUGUUACGCUGGGUUCGAAACACGGCAAGACAACGGCUCGCAUCCUUGACUAUUAACAAUGUAUAUAAAAAUUUUCGCUUUUAUUUCGCCUAGCGACGACGUGACCACGUUAGCAAACGCAAAAAAUAAUUUUAAUACGCAUUAUGGACUAACUUCACGCUAAUAAUUGCAGCAAUCGCGAAUCGAUGUUCGCGUAUAUCAAGUUGCUUUGAUCGGGAAUAUUGAUAAAAAAAAUAGAAAUAAAGAAAAUGCAGAUCAUUUGUUUAGAAACUAAACGGAAAACUUCAAUCUUAUAAAUGUUUAGCAUAUGUCAAAGGAUAACCUCGAAAGAAACCGCGAAAAGCAAUGAAUUGUUUCUGGGAAAGCAAUCUUUAUAUCUUUUAUAUAUAUAUUAGGUACAAAUAUUUUGAUGUUGUUGCGAACUGACAUUCACACUUUCAUUAUUCAAACUAACACAAGCGUUGAAUAUAUAUUCAUCUUAAGGGAGAUUAUAGCGAAGAACAAAGACUUGUCUUAUCAUUUCAUGGUCUCGUAAUAUGAAACGCUGAAAAUGUAUGGAGAUAUCGGAUAUCUUAUAAUCCGAGCCAACGAACAAUUAUUUGAUAUGUUUAAACUUGAUUGUCAAUACUUUUAAAUAAAUCGUUUCAUUGAAAAAUUUGUCGAAAAACAGAACAGAUAGUAUAUAGCAAUGUAUCAUUUCUUCGUUAUUCUAUUAAUUACAGAUCAGGAGUACAUAUCCUAUAACAUAUAUUAGACUUUCGACUAUAUUUAAUAUGAAUACUAUAUAAGUAGGUAGGAUAUAUAGUCAACAUCAAUACGCUUAUAUCGUUUAUUUUAAUUUUUUUUUGAUGCAAUGACCUUUUAGGCUUAACCCUAACUAUACUUUUGUUGGCCUUAAUUAAAGAUGCAGUAAAUUAAUUAAUUUUCGCACACAAUUGCCACAGAGUAGAACACAAUGUUAAGAGAAAUGGAUAUAUAAUAUAAAUAGCUGAUGUAGGCAAAUUUGGAAUAUUAGUGUUGCGCUAAAUUUAAGUGGAAAUAGUUGAUGUCAAAUAAAACUCUUAGCGAUUGUUCAAAAUGUCAGUAACAAGAUAUUAUGUCGGACAAGAGAUAUUUAUAACAGGAGGAUCAGGCUUUAUAGGUAAAGCCUUAAUCGAGAAGAUUAUGCGUUCUUUUCCUCAAUUCAGUAAAAUAUAUGUACUCAUGCGUAAUAAAGGCGGUAAGACGGCAGACCAGAGAUUACGAAUAUUAUUAAAGGAUCCGGUAUUUAAUCGUGCUCAGGAAGAACAACCAGAAAGUUUUAAAAAUAUAUUUGCUAUUGCCGGUGACUGCAAGGAACUAGGCUUAGGCAUUAGUCCAGUCGAUCGUAAACGUAUAGAAAAUGUUACUAUGAUAUUCCAUUCGGCUGCUAGCGUUAGAUUUGAUGAUAAUUUUAAAGAUGCGAUUCUAUUGAACACACGUGGUGCCUUCGAAUUGAUUAAAAUAGCUGAGGGUUUAAAGAAACUGAAAGCAUUCAUACAUAUCUCGACAACUUAUUCAAAUCCCGAUAGACAUGUAGUGGAAGAAAAGAUUUAUCCACCAUUGGCUGAUUGGCGAACAACUAUUAAAUUAGCCGAACAUUACGAUACCAAAAUGUUAAACAUAUUAUUUGCGAAAUACGGUUCACAUCAACCGAAUACUUAUACGUUUACAAAGCAUCUAGCCGAGCAAAUUGUUAACGAUUCCCGUGAUAAAAUACCGAUUUUAUUAUAUCGACCAUCAAUGGUUACAUCAAGUUUAUUGGAGCCCGUGCCUGGAUGGUUAGAUAAUUUCAAUGGUCCGAUAGGCUUGCUCGUGGCCUGCGGUGCGGGCGUUAUGAUGACUAACUAUAGCAAUCCUAAUAUCAAGGCUGACAUGGUUGCCAUUGAUGUGACAGUACAAGGAUUGUUACUAGCCGGUUAUAAAAUUGGCUACCGUUUUGAACCCAUGACCUUAGAUAAACCAUUAGACGUGUUACAUUGUUCACGUGCCAAUGUGAAACCUGUAACUUAUGGUGCAUUAACUGAGGCCGGUAAGCGACUUGUACGACAAAACCCCUUCGAAAAAUGCAUAUGGCUACCAUGCGGUAGUGUUACAACGAAUCCAAUAUUGCACUAUACAAGACUUAUUAUUGGACAAUGGACCCUGGCAUUGAUGAUUGAUAGUUUCUUGCUUUUAGCCGGAAGAAAACCUAUGCUCCUUAAGAACCAACGCCGUAUAGCAAUGACGAGUCAGGCUCUUCAAACAUUCUAUACGACGCAGUGGUUAUUUUCAAAUGAGAAAUUUUUAGAAUUGGAAAGGUUGAUAUCUUCUGAAGACUUGGAUAAAUUGCGUUUGUUUCAGUACAUGAAGGCCGAACUUGACACCUUAAUAUGGCGUGGUAUUGGAGGAUGUAAAGAAUUUUUGUUACGUGAACCGCGGAAUGCUACGCAAUCGACACGCUUACGUUUAAAAUUUUUCUUCUUCAUGCAUUAUUUAGCACAGUUCGUUGGAGCUGUUCUCAUUGGACGAUUAAUGUAUUUUUUUUACAAAAAAUUAUGUAGCACGGCUUAACGGUUUAACGGCUUCAAUUUUUUUGUACGACUGAAUGAGUUAAAAAUAAAAAAUGUAUAUUCAUCUAAA